UUAGGGUGGGUCGCGUACAGUCGGCGUGCAGAGCAACGGCGAAGUGGAAGGUCUUCAAUCUAGAAGGAAGACGAAGUCAGAAAGAUGCGCGUCUUUCUCCAUGGCACCGGCCCAGUGGUUUUGCGAGAUCGAUUGUGCCCAUCACCUCAGGUGUCAGAAAAAAGGAUUGCGGAAAAGAGUACCUUGGAGAAGCAGGGAGAACAUUGAGUUACCACUAUUUGACUUGACCACCGUAGCCAAGCCACUAGUGACUGCGCAAGCAGCAACAAGCUGGGAGAAGGUGGCCUUGGACCUGUGUACAAGGAGGGACGAUAUUGCAGUCAAGAGGCUAUUGAAGAAUUCUGGACAAGAAAUGAGAGAGUUCAAAAAUGACAUUAUACUGGCAGCCAGACUUGCAAUCUUGUAAUAAGCUUCUGGGUUGUUGCAUUUGGCAGUGUGUGUAAAGCUUUUUGUGGUGGUAGAUCCCUCAAAAGCAGCCUGGUUUCUACGCUAAACAAAGUGUCCCCGAAUUACCAUCAAGAACGCACCCGUGUUCAAAUAAUUCAGCACCUACAUUGAUAGAACCUCGGUAGGAUCUUCAUUCCGGUACUUGUUCAUCCUUCAGUCUACCAUCAGAAAACAUGUUCGGCAGAUUGACGUGACCCUUGGCAGUCUCAGUUGGGAAACAAUGACAUGAAAUCAUAAGUUUGCAGUAACGGUAUUCAAUUUAUUUUGCCAAUUACCAAGACAAAUACUUGAAUUGUGAAUAAUGUAAGAGAUUUAACCCAUGUCGCGUGCAGUCUGAUAAUAGCAAGGUCCGGUUCAGGACGUUUGGUGGUUUGCUUUGAAAGCAUGUGCCGUUAUUUGUAGGAACACUUAUUACUUUAUCAGUCGAGCUCGGCUCCGCAGUGACGGUUUUGACACUUUUGGGGCUGUAAAGAUCAAAUACGUUAGGCCAAAAGAUGUAACUUGUGAACUAUAUUUGCUUCACGAUAGCUUCCCACUAACGCUGUGGCAUUACUUUACUACGAUAAGUUUACCUAAAACUUUUCAU